CACUACCACCUGCUAAGAGAUGAUUCAACCAACAAACUUGUGUGAGAUUUGUGGAACUAAACCCAGCCUGCUUACAGUAUUGUAGAGUUUACUCAUUUAAAGUGGAAGUAAGUAUCAGCUUACAGAAGCCUGAAGAAUGAAUGUGUGGGUGUUGCCGGGGUGGGUCAGUCAGUGAGCUGUGUGGGUGGGAGCUUUGGUUUGGGUCGGCGGACACCCCUGGGCCCCAAGAACCUCUCAGCUAACGUUCUUGGGGUUAGUGUAGCGGCCCCCCACCCCACCGCCCAUCCUGACGUCACGUCUGGAGGCUGGCUGCUCGCGCCGCUAACACUGUUCACCUCCAACAGAGAAACUUUCCUGGAGUUCUCAGGCUCUUCUGACUGCGGACCAAGUCAACCCCUGCUCAGAGGAAGCCGCAGCGGUUCGGGAGACAGACCGUGGCGCUAAAUUAGGCUAUUCACUUCUACAGCCGAGGAACGUUACAUGCCCUAUUUUAUUUAAAACUUCUGAAAGUGAAGCCAACGUUUUUCCCUGGGUAAUGUUAGCGUAUUAAGUAGGCUACAUCCAUAUACCGAGUCGGGUAGGAGGUCUGGCUGCCUACAGGAAUAUGCUCAGGAAUACAAAAGUUUUUUCUCACUAGUAAAAAGUAAAAUACGUUUUUUCACGGAGCUGAAAGUAACGUAACUGGACCUCUUUUCCCCCUAAACUCCCCCCCCCCCUUCUUCGGAUUCGGUAUGGAUAUGGCUUGGAUUAUAUGGGGCCUCUUAUCUUCUUUCGGGUUGAUUCUCUCCCCGGUGUGUGUGUCAGCGGAGCAGCAGCAGAGCCAGAGCGGCUUCAGGAGGCUGUACGUUCUCCAGCCCGGCCCGGGCCCGGGGGCGACCGGAGCGGGUGGAGGGGUGCGAGUCAGCUCCAUCUCGACGCGUCACGGCGCGGCGGGGCAGCCGCACACGUACAACGUGGAACUCACCUCCAGCCUCGGUGGCCAGGUCCGGACCCGCAGGAUGGGGAGCCAUGCAGCUUCAACCCCGCAGCUGAGCCAGGAGCAGAGCGGACAGGAGCAGAGCCAGCAGAGGCAGCUCAUGAAACUGUCUGGGGUGAAUGUCUGUGGAGGGCACUGCUGUCAUGGAUGGAGCAAAGCUCAGGGAUCGCAGCGGUGCACAAAGCCCAACUGCAUCCCUCAAUGCCAGAAUGGAGGAAUGUGCCUCAGGCCUCAGCUCUGUGUCUGCAAGCCUGGCUCAAAUGGGAAGGUAUGUGAACAGAAGACUGUGCCCACACAUCCCUUCCCAGCACUGCCUGGGAAUGGACCCACCAAUGGACACACUAAUGGUCCCACUAAUGGACACAAUGGGGUACCCCAGCGGCCUAUACCACAGCAAGUGCUUCCCAAUGGGCAUGCCUCUGCCCCCCCUCCAUCUAGCAACAUGGCCCAGAUGAAACUAACUGUCAAGCCGGCCCAGCUUGUACGACCACAUUACAUCCAACAGCACAUCCAGCAGCAGAUUCGGCCCAUGCACCCAGGUCAGAGCCAGCAGUAUGUUAUAAAGCCCAAAUACUACCACACACACACACAGACGCAUGUCCAGUCCCAUCCUGAGAGGCCGAUCCCCCUUACAGUGGGGCACAGCCCUAUCCAUGUGGGCAACCACACAGGAAGGAUCAAGGUGGUCUUCACACCAACCAUCUGCAAAUUAACCUGCAUAGGAGGCAGGUGUCAUAACAACUGCGAGCUGGGGAACACCACCACCAUCAUCAGUGAGAACGGUCAUGCUACAGACACCCUGACAGCACCCAACUUCAGAGUAGUCGUGUGUCACCUGCCGUGUAUAAAUGGCGGCAAAUGCAGUGCCAGGGAUAAGUGUCAGUGUCCUCCCAGCUUUACUGGAAAGUUCUGUCAGAUGCCCAUUCAGAACGGACACCAGCAGCACCAGCAGACAUCAGGCAGCUACAGUCAAACUCAAGUCCACUCCACACAUACACUACCUCUGACCUACAGCAACGGCCAGAGUCCUGUGUUCAGCCCCAGCAUCGUCAACAUCCACAUCAAACAUCCUCCAGAGGCCUCUGUCCAGGUACACCAGGUGUCUCAGCUGGACAACUACCACAACAACGGGCACCAGCUGAAAGGUUCCCAGUCAGGCUCCUCUUCAUCCACCAGCUAUAGAUACCACCACACAGAGAGCAGCCAGAAUAUCCAGCACCACGGCUACAACAUAGUUUAUCCCAGCCAGCAUGGCUACCAGGUCCCGCAGUACCAGCCCGUCACCUCCAAGAACACGCUGGGUCGCUGCUUCCAGGAGACUGCAGGGAGUCAGUGUGGAAAGGCUCUGCCAGGUCUCACUAAGCAGGAGCAGUGUUGUGGGACCAUUGGGACGUCCUGGGGUUUCCAGAAAUGCCAGAAAUGUCCAAAGAAACCAUCGAUCCCUCUGAUAGAUUGUCCGGAGGGUUACAAGAGAAUCAACAGCUCUCAUUGCCAAGAUUUAGAUGAGUGCCAGCUACAGGGAGUGUGUCCUAAUGGGAACUGUCUGAACACCAUGGGCAGCUACAGGUGCCAUUGUAAACCUGGCUAUGUCCCUGACCCCACGCUCACCAUGUGCAUAUCCAACACGCCUGCCAUCCAAGAGGAGAAGGGUGCUUGCUUCCGUUUGGUCAGCUCAGGGAAGCAGUGUUUGCACCCGGUGUCUGCCCAGCUGAGCAAACAGCUCUGCUGCUGCAGUGUGGGCAAAGCCUGGGGCCCUCGUUGUGACAAAUGCCCCCCUCCAGGAACAGCUAAGUUCAAAGAGAUCUGUCCCGGUGGAAUGGGCUACACUGUUCUACCAAAUCCACCUGUCAAUAAGCCAGUCACCGUUUACCAGAAGCCCAUUGACCCGCUACACCCUCAACCCCUGCCAACACCAGAAAGACCAGUGGAGGCUUUUGGCAAACCAGAAGAGAUUAUACCAGUAGCAACAACUGCACCAGAUCAGGAGCUGGUAGUUCCUGUGAUUAGUAACAGGCCAGUAGUUGAACCUAUCCUGCCCCAGCUAUCUCCGGGUGUAUCCACUGUCAAGAUCGAGGCAGCUUACCCAGAGGUUGUUGAGAGGAGCUCUCCACCUGCACCAGUCGAGAUCCUCCCAUCUAAUGCAGGCCAGGACAUCGCUCCCACCCAGUCAGCUGAGGUGGAUCAGUGCCAGAUCAGCCCUUAUAUUUGUGGCUCAGGGAUUUGUUACAACACAGCUGAGAGUUACACCUGCCACUGUGAUGAGGGAUACCGCCUGAAUGACGCCCAAACCACCUGUGUAGAUGUAGAUGAUUGUCUGGAAAGCCCAUCUUUGUGCUUUGGCGGUCGCUGCGAGAACACAGAAGGCAGCUUCCUGUGUGUUUGUCCGAGGGGAUUCCUCGUCGAUGAAGAGGGAUCCAGCUGUGUUGAUUUCGAUGAAUGUGCAGACAGGACAGUGUGUCCUUCUGGUAUCUGCUUCAACGUGCCGGGGAGCUACAACUGUGGCUCCUGUCCUAAUGGCUUCUUGGCACAGGGAGGCCAAUGUGUUGAUAUAGAUGAGUGCCAGGAUCAGCGGGUCUGUACCAGAGGCCACUGCCAGAACACUGAAGGCUCCUUUAUCUGUCUGUGUGGGCCAGGUUUCAGAGUGUCCCCAGCUGGAGACCACUGUGAUGAUGUGGAUGAGUGUUUAGAAGACCCCAGGCCCUGUGAGGCUGUCGGGGAGUGUGUUAACAACAUGGGCUCCUACACCUGUACCUGCCCCAGGGGAUACCGACAGGUCAACGGCACCAGCUGCAGAGAUAUUGAUGAGUGCGUGGAUGAACCGGAGCUCUGUUCCCCCCAUGGCGAGUGUCUCAACACAGAGGGAUCCUAUCUGUGUGUGUGUGAGAGUGGAUUCACGGCCAACCUCGACACACCCACCUGUGAUGAUAUUGAUGAGUGUGGGCUCAAUGAGACAAUGUGUGGCCCUCAUGGUUUUUGUGAGAACAGACUGGGUUCCUUCCGAUGCCUCUGUGACCAGGGCUACCAGGAGACCCAGGAUGGCCAAAGCUGUGUGGAUGUGAACGAGUGUGAGCUGCUGAGCAGUGUGUGUGGAGAAGCCCAGUGUGUGAACGUUGAUGGUUCCUUCCUCUGUGUGUGUCCCAGCGGCCAGGACUACAACGUCAUGAUCGCCAAGUGUGAACCCUUUCCCACAGCGUCAUCAGUGGAGCGUAAGGAGUGCUACUAUCGUCUGAAUGAUGAGAACCUGUGUGAGAGUGUGCUGACCAGCCACGUCACCCUGCAGGAGUGCUGCUGCACUUUGGGAGCCGGCUGGGGUGACAACUGUGAGGUGCAUCCCUGUCCUGUCAAUGGCACAGACCAGUUCAAUCAGAUGUGUCCAUCUAAAAGAGGUUUUAUUCCCAGCGGAGACGUGCUGUACGGAGUAACCACAGCUGAGAGCUACAAAGAUGCAGAUGAAUGUACACUGUUUGGUCAGGAGGUGUGUAAAGGAGGCUUCUGUCUGGAUACUGUGGGCAGCUACGAGUGUUACUGCAAGACCGGACAGGACUACGACUCUGCCAACCUGGAGUGCAGAGACAUCAAUGAGUGUCUGGAUGAGUCAGUGUGUGUUGGUGGACAGUGCAUAAACACAGAUGGCUCAUACAUGUGUUUCUGUACACAUCCCAUGAUGUUGGACCCCAACAGUAACCGCUGCAUCUUUGUUCCCGAGGUAGCCGAGCAACAUGAGUCGGAUCGGGAGCACUACCAGGAUAUCUGCUGGCAGACGGUGACAGAAACCCUGUCAUGUACGAGGCCGCUGGGUCAAGAGAGGAAGACCACAUACACAGAGUGCUGCUGUCUGUAUGGAGAGGCCUGGGGCACAUACUGUGCCCUGUGUCCACCCAGACACACCGAGGAUUAUGCAGCUAUGUGUAACCUUCCUCUGGGUGAAGGCCGGCGGCCAUAUGGUCAUGAUGCCCUUGUUGCUGGCCCAGUCCAUGAAUAUGAAGUGAACCCGGACUAUUCACCGUCACCUGAGCAGCAGGCUGGCCUGCCUUUUUAUGAGAAUGAGGAGUAUCCAUACAAGGCUUUCGAGGGUUUGCAAGCAGAGGAGUGUGGAAUACUGAACGGCUGUGAGAAUGGUCGGUGUGUCCGGGUUCAGGAGGGUUACACCUGUGACUGCUUUGAUGGAUACACCCUGGACCUGUCCCGCAUGGCCUGCGUUGAUGUGAACGAGUGUUCAGAACUAAACAAUCGGAUGUCGUUGUGUAAAAAUGCAAAGUGCAUCAACACAGUGGGCUCCUAUCAGUGUGUGUGUCUGCCGGGCUUCUCUGCCUCUGACAAACCUAACUACUGUGUGGAGGCAACAGUACACCAAACAUCAACACACACACAGUGAGCAUGGAUGGACACUAGUGGGCGACAAAAGACACUAAAACCACAUGCACAAGCUUGUAUUAUUAUACUUGUGAGGACGUCCACUAACUACAUUCAGUCACUGCCAAAUCCUCAACACUAACCUAAAGUAGAGCUCACUGGUUGAAAUGUCCAGCAGCACUCCCAGAUCACUCACAGCUGAUCAUGUGGCAGUGACCUGAAGGAAAGUUAGAGAUUAGGGGGUUAUAUAACAAAAUCACAAGCGCACAGUGUGUGUACAGUGUAAAUGAUAAAAAUCCUCCAGAACCUAAACCUUAAACCUUGCCUGGGAAUUAAACUCAUCCUUAUUCAAAUUUACUCCAUAACCUAACAACUAAUCUAAAUCCAGAUCUACCGUUUAUCAGUGUCAUUAUAUUUACUCAUUUCCUGCAUUUCCCUUCUGUUCUACAACACUAUAGAUUUUUUUUACUACUUCUGUUGUAUUACAUUUUAUAUAUUUUCUUAAUUUUACUGGUUUUCCAAUAUGGACAUAAUUUAUAUAAAUGAACCCUUCCUCAGUGUUGGAAAGUACUCCCAAUGUCCAAGAGUUAGAUUAAUGUCUGUGCGCUAUCAAUGGAGCUACAGUCAGGAAGAAGUGAUUAGCCUAACUUAGCAUGAAGUCUGGAAGCAACUUCCAGUCUUUAUGCUCAGCUGUACUUACGCAGAAAUGAGAGUUGUAUCAUUGUACCUACAGUAUCUCACAAAAGUGAGUACAUCCCUCACAUUUUUGUAAAUAUUUGAUUCUAUCUUUUCAUGUUUCAACACUGAAGAAAUGACGCUUUGCUACAAUGUAAAGUAGUGAGUGU